GCGGCGCUGCUGAUUGGGCGGUGGCGGGUGAGGCGAGGGGAGAGGCGCGCGCGCGGCGGGGGCGGCGCGGCAGAAGCGGCGGCGCCGGGAGAGCAGAGGGGCUGCAGCGAUGACCGAGGCCGCGUUCCAGAAGGCCGCCGAGGAGGUGAAGCAGCUUAAGUCGCAGCCCGCGGACCAGGAGAUGCUCGACAUCUACAGCCACUACAAACAGGCCACGGUGGGCGACGUGAACACGGAACGCCCUGGUAUGCUGGACUUCAAAGGCAAAGCAAAGUGGGAUGCCUGGAGUGCAUUGAAAGGAAUGUCCAAAGAAGAUGCAAUGAAAGCUUACAUAGCAAAAGUGGAAGAACUAAAGGCCAAAUAUGGCAUCUGAGGACUGGAUAUAGCAGCCACAUGCACGCCUGAAACAUGCCUUAUUUCUAAUACUGUGGAAAACUGGUUUCCAAGAGUAAUCUUAAAUACCUAGUGUGUUACAGUUGUUUCUCCUCAUGCCUGUACUUCAGGAGAAGUUAUGUACCUGCCUAAUAAUGUACUGACACAUUAUAAAUUCCUUCUGGGAACAAAAUCUGGAACUCAUUAAAGUGAAUUUGGUACUUAAA